AUGUAUCCUGAUUUAUAUUCUUAUGUUAAUUUAAGUGUUGUUACAGAUAACAUGCUACCAGUUGAUGCCAAGAUUGAAAUAACUUUCAAUAACUAUCGUAUGGGAUUCAUCGAGGCCUUGAUAAUACUGAUAGUAGUUAUGUGGAGCUGUGGCGGCGGAAUUAUGUAUACCAGAAAGAGACAUCGUAGUUACAAAAAGAAAAUUGAAGCUAUUUUAAGAAAUCCAUUUGCAGCCACUCUCAGCUAUCCUCCAUCGAAAGAAAACAUUGAAGAGGGAGAGCUUCGUAUAGAGGAGGUAUAG